GCUUCGCAGAAUACAUGUGUCGGAAAUAGGGGGUGGGUGCUUGUUCAACCUACUGCUCCGCCUUUUUUCCUGUUACGAAUAAACACAGGGUCAUGGUCGUUUCUUUGGCCUGGUCUUUCUUCUCCCCGCUUAUCCACCGACUUGCCUGGCUUUCUUUUUCCUCUUUCUUCCACGACUGCCCUCACACUGCCAUCUUGUGCUUCUACACUAUCAUCUUCUCUAGUAGCUAUCAUAUACCUCCGGUUCCUUGCAGGCACACGGGGACAAAAUAUACCGGCGAACCAACAAUCGGCGCACCAACUCUCCUCCCCCUGUGGUAGAUCCUAUUUCCAUUCCCCUGCACGCGAUAUCCCCGGGCGGGUUCCAGAGAGAAAGGUCUUGGCAACUCCACUCUCUGUAACAAGAGAUAUCUGGGCACCACACCAC